GUGGUCCAUUCAGUCACGCACGCAUGUCAACAUGACAUGUGGCAAAUACAACAACAACAGUCAAAGGCGAUUCUUACCCAGACAGACACUCCAACACCCCACCCCCACCACCAAGACACACAAAACCACACACACACCCCCAGCGCAAACUCACGCCCCGGCCAUGUACUCGUCGAGGAGCUGAUUGCGGAGGUGCCGACGGGCCUGCACGCAGAGACCGACACGCAGACAACCAAGGGCGAAAUACACGCACGAAGAUAGCUUUGUGUGUGCGGCGAAUUCACUCACCUUGUCCCUGCAGUAGGCUAUGUUCUCUGGUUUUGCUGUCCUUGUCGCCCUUGAUGAGCUCCUCCACACGCCAUGGUAGACGAUGCGUGUAUGUCUCUGCGUGUCUUGAUUGAUGGCGGACGCACUUGGUCUCGAAGUCCUCUACCUCCUCUCUGACCUGAGUACGUCACGGCUGGACAGUGAGCCAUGAGGCACAUUAACGUGGGUACACAUGUGUCAGUGCGCGUGUGCGUAUCGCUUACAGGCCGCCGACCGUGCACUUCUUGGCCAGGUGCGCCAGGCUCUGCAUCAGCCGCUGCAGCUCACUCUCCCGCCUCUCCAACUUCUCGCGCAGCGCUCGCCCCUCUCCAUCAUCCCUCGCCCCUUCCGCCCCCAUGACCACCUCCGCCCCGCCCGCCCGUCUGCUUCCAUCUUGACACGGCCCUUGUCCGGCUCUCCACGCCCGUGAUGGUACGCGACGGCUCGCGUAUCUCCUCGUCGUCGCUGAGCUGGUCAGUGGUGAUGAAGCGGGACCUCUUGCCGGGCCGCUGGUCGUCGGGCGCCUCCCUCUUGACCCCCACUGACGAUGACGAUGAGCCAGAGGGGCGGCCAGGGACAUCGGUGUCCUCCAUCUUGACCUCUGUGUUGCCCUCUUGCUGGUGCAGCUUCGACAGGAAGUCUUGCAGCGCCUUCUCGGGGUCACGACCUGCAGAAGCCAGACAGCAGGGGCACCCCUUUCGAUGAGAGUUUCGGUCAUGGUGACGGCCAGUUCUUGUACCAGUGGAUGUGUUUGUGGGGAUUCGAGCAUCGCAGAUCCAUCAUUCCCCUCCUUCCUCUCUGAUCGCUGCGAGCCUGGCAAGGGAGAGCGACGGGCUGUGGUUGCGGCGGCUGCUGAUCAGCGCUGCCUUUGCGACUGCUGCUUGCCACUGCUUGCCGCACGAGACCUCCCGAACGCUGAACCUCUCAGGUGAGCGGCAGCCGUGGCGCAGCAAGCAAGGCAUUGAGGCUGACACACACGAAUGAAUGAAUAAAUCAUCUCCGUUCGACUUAUCAUUCUCCUGUUGUCCGUCUGUGUGUGUUUGCAUCCGUCAGCUGGCGAUGAACAUCAGCGGCAGCCUGUGCGCCGUCGUUGAUCGUGCGCCGUGACCGUGGGUGAGAGGAGGCAUAGCGGGGACAAGUGGAGCGAUAACACGCGCAUUGCAGGGUACGUCCGCCCGGCAGAGAGGGAGGAUACGACUGCACACCACUGCAGCUCUGCGUGUGUGUGUGUGUGUGUGUGUGCAGACUGUUCCACAUCACCGGCGUGUGACGGCCUACGCUCGGCUACGCUGUGGUGUGGUGCCCGUGGUGUAGGACAGCUCGACUACUCGUCCCUCCCAUAGCGACACCCACACGCACAUGGAGAUGGACACAACUUUUGGCGUUGAGGCUUUGGUAGUUCUCGGUCUUCUUGACGUCAUACGCCUCCUCGCGUGUGCCGUCCGCGGUGUUCGUCGUCAUGCCAGCUUCC